CAACGUACUAGAGUAUAUUAUAUUGUAUAUGGAAUUUUUUGUAUAAAAUUGAAGUUGAUGAUUUUUAGAAAUAUUAAUAAUUAAUACAUAUAAAAAGUGUAUUCAUUUUAAGUGUAAUCUUAUAUAAUAAUAUAUAUAAUAAUAAUAAUAAUAUAAUAGUUUUGAGUAUAUAUAUAAACUAUUUGAUUAAUCAUAUACAAAAUAAAAUAAUUAAAAUUAUUUGCAUCUUUUUUAUAAAAAUUCAUUUUGUAAUCAUGAGUUUUUGCAUACAUGAAUCAGAUGUUAUAAUAUGUAAUAAUGAACAAAUUAUAAUAUAUAAUAUUAAAAACGAUAUGGAAACAAAAAUUUCUUUACCUAAAUUGAUAAAUGAUAAAAAAAUUGAUGCACAUAAUAAUAUAAAUAUUGAAGCUUUUCACAUGAUCACUAAUAUAAUGUUUUCAAAUGAUGGCAAAUAUUUUUUUGUUUGUACAAAUCGUAAACAAUUGUGUUUAUAUGAAAGAAAAAGUCAGAAUCUUUUAUUAAAUAAAAUACUUCCCAGAGCUGCUAGCAAAGUGCAAUUUACUCCAAAUAAUAAUAUAGUUGUUGCAGAUAAAACAGGAGAUGUUUAUCUUUUUUCUAAUAAACAGUCUGAUAAUGAAGUUUUACUCUUAGGACAUUUAUCAAUGUUACUUGAUAUAUUAAUUACACAAGAUGAAAAAUAUAUUAUUACAACAGAUAGAGAUGAAAAAAUAAGAGUAUCCAUGUUUCCAAAUUCAUAUAAUAUUGUAUCCUAUUGUUUAGGACAUACAAAAUUUGUAACAAACAUUUUAGAAUUACCUCAUGAUAAAAGUAUUUUAGUGUCUUGUGGAGGAGAUGGAAUGUUUAUAUUAUGGGAUUACAAGAUUGGAAAAGAAUUAUUAUGUGUUAAUUUUCAUAAUAAAAUAUCUAAAAGAGAUAUUGAAAAGUUUAAUGAACAACUUCAUAAUUGCAAUUUAGAAGAAUCUGUUGAAGUUUUACCUGUUAAGCAUUUAAAACUUUCAGCAUUUGAUACAACUUCAUCUUUAGCUAUAAUGAGUUUUUAUAAUAAUUCAUUAUUACUAGUAUAUCUAAUUAAUAAUACAUCAAAGUCAAAUAUUGAAGUAUUACAUAUACAAUCAAUAAUUACAGAUAAUGAACCAAUAGAAUUUUAUUUUUAUGAAAAUAAUUUAUGGAUAUUAGAUGAACUUGGAUUUAAAAUAUAUAAAUUUAAAGACAACAGUUUUAUACUCUGUGAUGGAACAAAUUACAAAUUAAAUCAAUUAAAUAAUUAUUGGAAAGUAUUAAAAAAGGAUAGUAUUCAACAAAAUUUAUUUUCAAUUUUAUAUAAAAGAAAAUACGAUAAUAUCCAAGAAUAUUUACAAAGAAAAAAAAAACGUGUUGCAAAUAGAUAAUCAAGAUAUAAUCAAUAACAUAAGAUAAUAAAAAUUGUAAUUUUUAUAUCGAAAAUAAAAUAUGAUUGUUGAAAACAA